AAUUUAUUGCAGAUUUGCAAGGAUAAGGAUGCUAAACCUCAGAAGUGGGAAUUUGUAGCACCAUUAAAAGGAGCAUUUAUAGUGAAUCUUGGUGACAUGCUAGAGCGCUGGAGCAACUGUAUUUUCAAGUCCACGUUGCAUCGAGUGCUGGGUAAUGGUCAGGAGAGAUAUUCUAUUGCGUACUUUGUGGAGCCUAAUCAUGAUUGUCUUGUUGAAUGCUUGCCCACCUGCCAGUCGCAAGAGAACCCUCCCAAGUUUCCUCCUAUCAAAUGUGAAACUUACAUGCUCCAGCGGUACAAGGAAACUCGCGCUAUUCUCUAGUCAUACGAAAAAUGAUACGCCAAACUCUGUUGUCAAUAUUGCUGGGAUUUUCGCUUCAAGUGUAGAACACAAAAGUUAGCUCCUUCCUGCCGUGGUUUGUAUAGAAACAAGUUCACUUAGUUGA